AUGGCAACCGCAAGGCUUCAGGCUUUUUGGAACCAUCCUGCCGGGCCCAAAACCAUUCACUUUUGGGCUCCAACAUUCAAGUGGGGGCUUGUCAUUGCAGGCCUUGCUGACUUGAACCGUCCUGUAGAGAAGGUUUCCACAGCACAGCAGACAGCGUUGGCUGCGACUGGAGUUAUCUGGUGUCGAUAUGCCACACAAAUCAUUCCGAUCAACUACAACUUGAUGAGCGUGAACUUCUUUGUUGCUAUCACUGGCCUCUAUCAAUUAGCAAGGAAGAAUGGGUGA